AUGCCCGUAAACACAUUAUCGAAAAAUCGUAAAACUUUAUUAGUCCGUCAAUUUUCAUUACAAAAUCAAACAAGUUCGAUAACGUCGAUAAAAGCUCGGGAUAAAUUGAAAAAACAAUUUUCCGAAGAUGACGGAAGAUGUCUGGAUUCCGUGGAAAUAACCGGACAAGGAUGGAAUAAAGGAAAAACAACCCUAACAUCCGGUUUGAAUGGUAAAUCCAAUGUCGGGGGUGGUAAAAAAUUAAACGGAUGUAAUGUCAAACCUAAACCUGCUAAAGUCGCUUGGAUUGAUAAGAAACAAGAUGAUGUUGUCGAUGAUGAUGAUAACAACGAUUAUUAUCCAAAAGGGGUUGAAAUAAUAGCGACGAAAUGUCAGGGACAACCGAGACCCUUAUCGAAUAAAAUUCAAAGGUUUAAAAAUCCAUUGAUAAAAGGAAAUAAAGAUAGUUUGGUAUAUUCGAGAUUAGAAUUAGCAGAAAGAUUGCGUAACGCAUGGAGCGAACGUGAUAAAACAAAACCGAAUUUGAAUAUUUUUUUAGCACAGGGAUCUGAACAACCAGAACAACAACAACAACAACAACCGGAUAACGUAUCCACACUUUCGGAUACGACAAUAACAAAACAAAGAUCUUUACUACAAAUGAGAUUUUAUUCAAACGAUGACGUUUUAUCAACUAAAAGUUUACCAGGAAGUGGAGAGAAAAAAGACGUGAAUGACGUGGCAGAAGAAAACGCGUCAAUAAUAAUAACGGAAGUAAACGAUGAUGAAAAAUCAACAUUCGCAUCAUCGCUACGUGAAUUAAAUAAAAUCGAAAUAAGAGUUAAUACGAUGGAUUCGAAUAAAGAAAAUGAUAAUGGAAACGUUAAAACAACGCAACAAACGCAACAAACGCAACAACCACGACAACAAACGACAGCAACGACAGCGACGGCAUUAACGGCAAAAGAUAGAAGAGGAAAUUUUCGUAACGGAGGAAUAUUAAAUAAAACAAUAACGGAAAGUUUUUCAUUGGAAAUGGAAGGAAAAAUAAAAAGUGAUGACGUCAAUGAUUACGAUGAUAAUGAUGAUGAUAACGUUAAAAAAAAAAAAGAACCUAAAAAAAUAUUGGUACGAGCGUUAUCGGCACCCAAUCACGAUCAGAAACCAAUUGCCACGAUACAAAAAACCGUUAAAUUCAUGCCACAAAAACAUUACGAUCCGACAGAAGUUUCUCCCGAUGAAAUAAUAGCAAUAAGAGAACGUAUAAAAUCCGCACCGAUAAGAAGAAAAUUAAAAUCGGCAGCAGCGAGACGUAAAAAUAAAUCGAAACCUGAAUUAUUGACGUCAUCAGAUGACGAUGACGAAAAUGACGAGAAUGACGAUGGAAAAGAAUCGAAAAACGGAGAAAUGAAAAAGAAAAAAACAAAACGUGAUAAGAAAAAUAAGAAUGAUAACAACGUGAUAACGAUGGUAUCACUCGUGUCACCGGCAGAAAGUGAUACCGAUGAUUCGGUAAUUGCUACUCUACCCAUGGAAUCAUCGACUUUUACAACCCAAGAAGAAGUUGAAAAAAAGGAAACGACGACGGGGGAUAUCAAAACCGGAAAUGAUUGUUUAAACGUAACGAAUGAAAACGCAUCAUCAUCAUCAUUCAUAGUACAAAAAUUAAUAACGUUAAGAAAAACAAAUAAAUCAGUGUCUUUUCAACAUCAAACGAAUUUAACGAAAAAUUAUUUAACGAGUUUUCCAUCGAGAAGAGUUCCAGCGGGUACUCCGAUAAUAAUACCAUCACCUGUAAUAAAUAAUCCGGCAUUAACUCCAGCACAGUUAAAAGAUAGAGAUAAAAGGUUAUCAUCAAUUUAUUUUACUGGAACUGAUAAUAGAGGAACGAAAAGAAGAUUGAUAAGAUCACCCACGAGCGAAACCGUUAAAGAUGAUAACAUUUACGAUAAUGAUAAAACAACAAAAACAACGACAACUCCAACUACAACGUGUUCGUUCGAUAUAAAUAAUAAUAAUAAUUACAUUAAAAAAACAAGUCAUAAUAAUAAUAAUAAUGAUAAAGAAACCGAUUUUUAUCGUGAUGAUGAUGAUAAAAAUAAGGUCAACGAACCCGAAUUUAAAAAUCCUAAAGAAAAAGAAUGUUGGAUUUUAUAUAAGAAAAUGAUUGAAAAUGGAGUCACCGUUACGUUCGAUACCGUUUUAAGAGGAAUGAUGACGCCAACGGAAUAUCGCUUAAGAAAAAAUCCGUUAAAACGUUGA